CAGUGCAUAUACACUGGUAAUAAACCGGUGAAAAUUGCUAAUACCAGUGAACCAAUCAUAUUACCUUAUUUUAGACAUGUGACACGCGCGUAUUUUAACUGAAAAUAAAGAAAUUUCCAUGGCAAAAUUAUUUGUUAAUACUUGCUUUUUAAAAAUGGCCGCAAGCCUAAAAUUAGGAGAUACUUUCCCUGAUUUUCAAAGUUGUAUAAAUGCAGUCAAUAAGUUCGCUUUAACAAAUUAUCAUCCAUUAAGGAUAGAUAGUAAAGAAACUGUUGCUAGUCACAAUAAAAAGUUAAUUGCUGAUAAAGCUAUUGUCACAACAGAAGAGAUAUUCGCAUGCAGAUCGUAUUAUUUGGAUGGCUUUUUGGAUUCAGUUAACCUAUUUUGUAUAUAUGAAAGCCAAAUUAUUUAUUUAAAAUAACAUUGAAGUUGAUUUUUAUUAUUAUUAUUGCUUUCUCUACCUAUGAUUUUAUGAAUACUAUAAUUAAUAAGAUUUUUGUAAAUAAUAUUUAACAAAAGUCAACAGGUAAAUAAACCAAAUUUGUCUUUUAACUUUGUUACUUUUUUGUUUUGUGACAUCUGGACAACCCUGUGCAAGGGCAGAAACAAGGACGAUAAAACAAUGACGGUGAUGGCACAAGUCUGCUAUCUCUUUUGUUGUUCCUGUAUGGUUGACAAAUACAGGUGCGUUUGUAAACAUUUUGGUCAACCUAGAAAAAGAGAUGGCGUGACUGGAAAAAGAAAUCACCAAUCAGUACUUCCUUGUGGCUGUCAGGUGGCAUUGUAUAUUGCAUACAAUCCUGCAUUACCUGGAUAUAUGGUGCGCAACAUCAAUCUUGAACAUAACCAUCCAAUUGGUGCUGAAGAAUUUCAACUCUACUCAACAUCUAGAAAACCUACAAAGAAAAUUCUUGAAGAAACUGAGGUUCUUCUUCAUCACGGCGCAAAUCCAACUCUUGUUGCCAACUACUUGUUAGAUAAAAAAUUAAUGGUAAAGCAGAAAGAUAUAUAUAAUAUAAAGCAGAAAAUGAAGUUUCGAGGUUCUGCUGUUGAUGAAAUCAGAAAUGUUUUGACUGGUACGAAACAUAACAUACAUGCUAAUAUGGAAGGAUACAUUGAGGCUAUUACUUGGUCCACUCCAGAACAACAGAGCAUUUUGCAUAAGUUUCCGGAAGUUGUUAUGAUGGAUGGUACAUACAAAGUCAACAAUAUGGCAAUGCCAUUGUACACCCUUGCAAUUGUGGACUGCAAUGGAAUAGGUCAGCCAGUAAUGCAUAGUCUUGUUGAUAGAGAAGAUCAGAUUCAUUUAGAGAUGAUCCUAGAAGAUAUUCGGUGUUGGACAGGUGAUCUACUAAAGUCUGCUACGUUUGUUAUUGAUAAAGAUUAUGCUGAAAUCUCUGCUAUAAAAACUGUUUUUCCAAAAAGCAGAAUUCUUCUUUGUCGUUUUCAUAUAGUAAAAGCAUUUGUUCUGGAACUUAAGAAGUUGCCAGUGUCUGAAAGCGAGCAAGAUUUAAUUUAUGAGAAAAUUCAAAGCAUGGUAUACGGUAACCAAGCACAAUGUGAAGAUGCAAUAAACUUUGUUAAAAAUGCUUUUCCCAAUUUUUAUGCUUAUCUGGAACGAAACUGGUUAUCAAUUGGGGAGAUGUUUUUUGGGUAUCAACGAAAUGGAGUAAUGCACCUUGACAACCACACAAAUAACAGAUUAGAAAGAUAUCACCGAUCGUUAAAAGCUGUUACUGCUACUUCUAGAAUAAGCCCAUGAAUUCUGAUAGAAAAGUUGAUUUCUUUGGAUAGAGUAAUAUACUCAAAAAUAUUGCACUCUGAUUUUGAUCAGCGUCUCAAAACUAGAAAAGAUGUUCCGGAUGCUCUAAAAGAGUAUUCUGAUAAAGUGUCAUCUUUUUGUUUGAAUUUC